GUCGUUUCAUCUACUCACAAAGGUAGUCACGAGAUUCAUCGAUCUGGAGUAAACAAACUCAUUGACGAAAACGAGGAGACCAGGCGGCUGGAACGAUGGCGCGAUCGGUUUCGCGCGGCGCAACGGAAAAGAUGCACCGUAAGGAUGGUAGGGGAGGAAGUAAAGAGUGUCCGCGAGAGUGCAAUUAAAUCAGCGCGUGACAGGCGCGCGCUCGCGCGCGCUAAUUACCGCCGAUGAAAUUAGCAGUUAAUAUACGCGUGUACACACGGAAUGGGGGUAGUUUGAUUGGGCCAAUUCGAGGCAAUUCCUGGCGAUUGCUGGUUUCAUUGAGCCUGCGCUUAAGAGCUCAGUGCCACGCUGCCGGUCAACGGACAUGGAUCUCUUGGAAAGUAUAGGUACUCUUACCUUUCUCGUCCUUCCGAUCGAUCAUCUUCUCAUAAAUCGAUCGAUAGAUUCUAAUCCGUUUCUAACCUCUCAAUUCAAGUAUAUACCGGAUACAACUGAUACGAGGACGAAUCGAAACGGUGUGGAUGUAAAAUUGCGGGACAAUUCGAAUCAUUGAUAGUGCAUGGGACGCAAAUCGAUGGGAGGAUCGUGCAUUCGGUAGACAGAGGAUCGGUGACGCGAUGUACGCAAGUCGAUCGUCGCCGAGAGCGCUCUGUGAUCUCUCAAACCGUUUGAUCGAGGUUCAAGGUUCCGGUUCAAGGACUUCUGCGAACAGAGACACGAGAUGGAUAGCUGAUAUGUUCGGUGUGACUGAGGCUAGGGUGGAAACUAAGUGGAAUUUAUGGGAGUUGGGUUAGGUGGUACUUACUUGAUGAUGUGUGAUGUUCAAAAACAUGAAUUUCAUAGAAGAUACAACGACUUUAGGAAAUGGAAAUACGUGGACUUAGAAAUUCAGCGCACAUGCAGCAUUCUCUCCACCAUGAUCUCCGUUCCAAGAAACAUCGAGGUCGCAGUGGGUCAAGCGCAGGUCGUCCAUAUUCGAAGUGGAAUCGUGAUGUACACAAUUUUCCCAUCGCGGUGGACCGUGCACAAGCCAACCCGCUCCGAUUCCCACAUGCCCCUCCAAGCUCCUCUGCAACAUCACCUAACACACAUCGUAAUAUCGAGGCGGCGUUCUCCAACUUCUUUGCCGGGGGGCGGUCGCAAUGGUGUGGCAGUGGCCACGAGACCAAACAGAGACUCUCGAACCCUAACUUCAGACAGAGGAAACAUAAACGACGAAGAUACAAUGCACAUAUACCUCUAUAUACAUUCAGCCAAUACCAUGACGAACCAUUUUAUUUGGAGUGGUGGAGUGGUACCAGGCCAGAGAAAAGGCAAGAAAGCAAAAAAAGAAAAAGAAAGAAUCAAAGAGAUGAAAGAGCACAUACAGAGAGAGAGAGAGAGAGAGAGAGAGAGAGAGAGACUGAGAGGGGGUGGGAGGGGGAAGUGACUCUUCUGUGCAAGGGGGAUUAAAAAGAGAGACAGACGGAUGACUCUGGUGCAGAAUGGAAAGGGAGAAAAAGAGAAAGAAAGAGGAAGAAAUACAGGAGAACAGUACAUACCGCGCCCGCAUAAAACGGCCGUCCUCUCGUGGAGCACGUAACGCGUAGUAGGUGCUACAGGAUUGGUUGGUUUCUAUGUGUGGGGGCGGCCUGGCCAGCAACCCGUUGAAAAUAUAAGCGUGUGUGAGUGUCGGUUGAUUAGCCAGAGUCAGAACGGAUCGUCGCUUAGUGCGACAGUGUCCGGUUAGUUAGGCGGCUCUUGUUGUUUCGCGCGAUCAACUCACCCGGUUGUCGAUAUAUAGAAAAUUCAGCAAAAAUCCGUUCAGUCGCAAGAGAAACAAUAUACGUAAACAUUUGGAAAAUCAUUCGUCCUCUCUUUCUUUCGUUUUCUUCUUUUUUUUUUAUUGCUGCUUUUAUUUUGAAAAUGUUUUCAAAUUAACGUUUGAGUAUAGUUGCUCCGGUUCUCGAAAGUAUAAUUCGGAUCGACUGGUUCAAUCUGUUCGUGUGCCGACGACACGAUGCUUGGCUCUCGCUUCGUUAGCUUGUACUAAUCAAAAUUAAUCAUAACCCGGGCAACAAUUGAUCGCAAUUGGCUCAGAUUCCAUUACGGAGGACGCGCGAACGCUGCGACCGCCAUCCUGCGCACCGCGCACGCCUUUUUGCAUAAUUGGCCAACCGGAGGUCUUCACGAAGAACCCGAGGAAUCGGCGGUAAUAAAGGGAGCAGGAAGUGAAUGGGACACAGUUGUCUAGGGUAUUUUAAUCCCCGACUGGAUCAUCGAUCGACGAAUUUUCAUUUGUUACUACUGAGAAGAGAAGAUAAAGAACAAAGUUGAAGAAACACCGAGGAAGAGGAAACUCUCAUAUACUUUGUAUCGAAAAUCCAAGCGAGGAAUUCAAUAUUUAUUUACUAAUAGAGAGAAAUGGUUCCUGUCGAGUUGCUCUAAUUUUAGUCCUAUGAGGAUUGAAGAAGAAAGAUAAUUGAAGUCAAAAAAUUGUUGAAGAAGAAGUGUAUAUAAUUAAGAGUAAAAGAAAUUGUAUUCAACGCACGGUGAUUGAAGAACAGAAACACUGUUGCAGUUUGUGAAACUAUUCAAGAAAAGGAGAUACGAAUUUAUAUUAAAGAUUGAAAGAAUUUGAUAUUUAUGAUAUUUUUAUUAAAAAGAAGAGAAGUUCCUAUCUGAUUUUGAUAACGGAACCACGUGUUUUUAAAACGUCAAGAGUUAUUAAAGAAAUACUGUGCCAAUAAUUGCAUUUCGAUUGUUAUCUAACACUAAAAAAAUAAUCUAACAUUGUUAUUCAUUACUUGAAGAAUCGAAAGGAGAAAAUAAUUGAAAUUUUUCAAUCGUAAAAAAAUUUAUAAAAGAUGGACGGAGGUCCCUUCGAUGACCCGAUCUUCUCUGACUUCGGAGGUCGAGGAGGUUCCGGAGUCCACAGUAUUCAAGUGAUGCUUGGCCUUCAUGGUGGACACCAUGGUGGCGAUUUAAUGCCCACUGGAGGUCAUCUCCACAAGUUGGACUCUUCCAACAGUCCACCGCCACAUCAUCAAACGUCUCACCAUCAUCUGCAACAACAACAACAACAACAACAGAAAGAGCUGAAGGAAUUGGAAUUAGCUGGAAUGUACGCACCACUUCCUCAGACGCAGGAUGUCACCACGUCGACGUCCACCGCUGCGACGCCGACCUCGACGACGUUGCAGCAAGGUCUGCAGCUUGGAAAUCCUUUGAAAAGGAAGCCAGAAGAUCCGAUGAACACCCUUGCUCCAGUCAGUAGCGAAGCUCAGCCAGCUAAGAAAGAUUCCAAGAAGAAGACCGACAACAAUGGAAUCAAGAAGAAGAAAACCAGAACGACAUUUACUGCUUAUCAAUUGGAAGAAUUGGAAAGAGCAUUUGAACGUGCACCAUAUCCUGAUGUGUUCGCGCGAGAAGAACUAGCUCUAAAACUCGCUUUAUCGGAGUCAAGGGUUCAAGUUUGGUUCCAGAAUCGACGUGCAAAAUGGCGGAAGAGAGAACCUCCACGUAAAACGGCCGGAUACAUGGCUGCUGGUUCAGCAAGUCCCGGUUUAUCAGGAUCAUUUACCUCGCUGAAUAAUACCCUCAACCCCUUCGCCUCUCCAACAACAGCGACAGCACCGCCGGAUGCUUGGGCGUAUUCUCCAGCGUAUGAUCUGGCGCCACACCUAAAUCUACUUAGCCCAUCUAAUUCCCCUUAUUCCACCUCUUUCGGUGGACCGAGCAACAACGGGUCGGCAUACUCGUACGCGACAAUGCUUCCGCAACAUGAUGCCUCGUUAUUUUCUACACCAUCAGGGAACACGAUGCGCGUACACCAGGACUACAUGAACGCCAGUAACAGUCCACCACCUCCUCUAACCCGCAACGAUUAUCAGACUAUGGUGACGCAUUCGCCACCCACUCACCUAGCUAACUCUAUGUCAGAGGAAGAACAUCAGCAGAAUAAGCAAUUGGAUUAUGUCAGUGGUCUCAGUCCAGCGGAUAAGUAUCAGCACGAACAGUCUGAUUACACGCAGCAGCAGCAACAACAGCAACAACAACAGGAUCAAAAACAAGAAUACGGGAUGCACUCACCACAAGGACGCCAAGGAAUGAAGGAACAGGUGAUGGUGAAGAGCGAGCCAACCAGCCAGCAGAGCUAUGUGCAGUUGCCUCCUUUUCUGAACUGACUCGAAACCUCCAGUCUAGAUUUACUCUAGAACUGGCGGUUCCAGUUUGGAAUGGAUGUUUCUUGCCAAAGGAAUUUCAGGGCUGAACAUAAAGUCUUGAUGAGUUGUGUUUAGGAAGAUUUAUUAACAUUCGGAUUAAGUUAAGAAUAAUAAUGCAAGAUUUUGAGUUAAUUAGAGUUAUUAUAAUUUGUUAUUCUAAAGACAGGAAAAAGUUUGGGAAUAGAAGUCUUCAAUAGAGUCCUUUGAGAAAUCUUGAAAGUUUCUUUUAUUUAUUAAGUUUUUAAGUAUUCUGCUCUCAGUGUAAUUCUAUUUUGUAUUAUAUAGCUUUAAAAGAUUCAUGAAAUUCAUUGAAAUUACAUUUGUAAAAGGAAGUUUAACACUAUCAAUAUGAUAAUCGUUGAUUCUUCUUAGUAAGAAGAUUCUUAGUAAGAAAGCAACCCUGGAAGAAAUAUGUUUUUUUUUAUAAUAAACGUAUAUGUGUAAGAAAUAAAGUAUUUUAAGGGAAGCAAUUAAUCGAAUGAGAGCAUUCUAGUGCCUUAAAGGUGUAAGUUUGUAUGAGGUGUGAGUACUUUUGUAUUAUUUGUCCUUUGUUCGUAGUUACUAAGAAAAACCGAAUGAAAAUGAACGUGUUGUGUUGUAUUUUAUUCAAAUACUCUGUAGUGUAUACGAAAUCAUGUACAUAUAUAUAGAGAGUAUAAAACAUCACCUGAACAUGUAAAGUCUUUUACAGAGAUAUUUCGUGUGUAUUUUGUACUCUACCCAUCUUUUUAUGAUGUUUGUAAUUACUCGCAUUUAAAUACACUUAAAAAUGAAAA